AUGACCUCUAAGAAAAGGUUUUCUGUCAAUGAGGUUUUGCCACAGCUCUUUGACAGUGAAGGCGACAUAGAGGAGAAUGUGUCUGAGACAGAGGAUAAUGUUGAGGAGGACCCUGAUUAUGAGGCAUCCUCCUCUGAUGAGAAUGAGACCCAGCAGACACAGAAACAAGGCAGGUCCGAUGACAGCGUGACAAACUUGCAGCAAUGCGGGAUGUAUGGGACAAGAAAGCUGCAGAAACCAGACAUUUCUGUGGACAGAUCUGUGCAGAACAGUAGGGUGGUUAACAUUGUCUGUAAGACAAAGCGGCGAAACCCCAUAUCUAGCACUAAUAUCAGCUGUAACCUGUACAUUGGAGACUCAUCUGAGCCAUUCAGAAGCACAUGGACCACAAGUAAACCUGUUUGUAACUUUGAAGUGGAUAUGAGUGACCUGCAGAAGAGCGACAAGGUGAGCUGUGAUUACAGUGUGAACACAGACCCUCGUUCUCCUUCUCCACGCAGUGACAGAUCCCUUGUAGUAGGUAAACUGUCAAAGGCAGAGUUAAAAUUGAGUCCUACAGUAAUUCGCAUAGAGGAAUCAGUGAAUCUGAGGUGCAGCAGACCGGACUCUUCCCCUGCAUCCCACUGCACUUUCACCACUAAUCAGAGAGGACCGAUCAGUGGCUCAGACUGUGAGCGCUCAGUCACUGGAGCUGAGCUGCUCAGUGGGAGUCACAGUGCAAGGAAUGAGAUCACCGUGAGAUGUUUCUACAGUCUGGAGAGAGGACCAGCUCUUCAUAGUGACCCUUUGAAAGUAACUGUGCUGGAUCUGAGGAAGCCCAAUAUCUCAGUCUCCACAGAACACAUUGAGACACGCAUUCGCUGUGAAGCACCACCUGACAUCACUGGAGCUAUUUUCUUCCUGUACUACAACAGGAGUAUAACACAUUCUAAGAGCACCCAUGCUGGAACAGAAGAGCGAGCUGUCAGUUUCACUGUCCCCCGCAGCUCUGACUCCACUCUGACAUACUGCUGUCGCUAUCAGUUUGAGGCCAUCAACUCUAAACUGAGUGACUGUGCUGAAGCUAAGAACAAGGACCAGAGUGGAAGAACAAAGGACCAAAACAACCCACAGACAGCCAGGUUUCUGUGGCGACUCAUCCUCAGUGCGCUGGUCCUCUUGGCUGCUAUUGGAAUACUCAUAGAAUACUUCAUCUCCCACACACCAACCACAGAUUUCAUACUGCACGCCGAUGCUGAAGACCUAAAGAAACCAGAGAUUUCUGUGCAGAACAGUGGCAGUGGUGGGGAGGUGGAGUUCGCCUGUCAGACAAAGCUGGAACACCUCCCAUCUGGCACUAAUGUCACCUGUAACCUGUACAUUGGAGACUCAUCUCAGCCAUUCAGAAGCACAUGGACCAAAAAUAAAGAUAAAGUCUGUAUCUUUAUUGUGAAACGGGAUGCCCUGAAGCACGGUCUGCAGUCUGUGGGGGCUACAGAAGUGAGCUGUGAUUACUCUGUCCCCACAUACCCCCGCUCUCCUUCCCCACGCAGUGACAAAAGAAAAAUAGAAGGACUCUCUCCAGAGCCAUCAACCUUUUCUAAAGCAGACCUACAGAAACCAGAGAUUGGUGUGCAGAACAGUGGUGGGCAGGUGGACCUGGCCUGUCAGAUAAGGCUGAAACACCUCCCAUCUAGCACUAAUGUUACCUGUAACCUGUACAUUGGAGACUCAUCUGAGCCAUUCAGAAGUACAUGGACCAAAAAUCAAGUCUGUUCCUUUGUUGUGAAACAGGAUGACCUGAAGCAGGGUCUGCAGUUUGUGGGGGCGACAGAAGUGAGCUGCGAUUACUCUGUCCCCACAGACCCCCGCUCUCCUUCCCCACGCAGUGACAAAAGAAAAAUAGAAGGACUCUCUCCAGAGCCAUCAACCUUUUCUAAAGCAGACCUAAAGAAACCAGAGAUUUCUGUGCAGAACAGUGGUGGGGAGGUGGACCUGGUCUGUCAGAUAAGGCUGAAACACCUCCCAUCUGGCACUAAUGUCACCUGUAACCUGUACAUUGGAGACUCAUCUGAGCCAUUCAGAAGUACAUGGACCAAAAAUCAAUUCUGUUUCUUUGUUGUGAAACGGGAUGACCUGAAGCAGGGUCUGCAGUCUGUGGGGGCGACAGAAGUGAACUGCGAUUACUCUGUCCCCACAGACCCCCGCUCUCCUUCCCCACGCAGUGACAAAAGAAAAAUAGAAGACCUAAAGAAACCAGAGAUUUCUGUGCAGAACAGUGGUGGGGAGGUGGACCUGGUCUGUCAGACAAAGCUGGAACACCUCCCAUCUGGCACUAAUGUCAGCUGUAACCUGUACAUUGGAGACUCAUUUCAGCCAUUCAGAAGCACAUGGACCAAACACAAAGAUAAAGUCUGUAUCUUUAUUGUGAAACGGGAUGACCUGAAGCAGGGUCUGCAGCCUGUGGGGGCAACAGAAGUGAGUUGCGAUUACUCUGUCCCCACCGACCCCCGCUCUCCUUCCCCACGCAGUGACAAAAUAAAAAUAGAAGGACUCUCUCCAGGGACAUCAACCUUUUCUGAAGCAGAUAAGAAGACAACCUCACCACCUGCUGUGACGACUAAAAAAAGUAAACUGCCAAAGGCAGAGUUACAUUUGAGUCCUGCAGUAAUUUCCAUUAAGGAAUCAGUGAAUCUGAGGUGCAGGAGACCUGACUCUGCCCCUGCAUCCCACUGCACUUUCACCACUAAUCAGAGAGGACCGAUCAGUGGCUCAGACUGUGAGCGCUCAGUCACUGGAGCUGAGCUGCUCAGUAGGAGUCACAGCGCAAGGAAUGAGAUCACCAUGACAUGUUUCUACAGACUGGAGGAAGGAGAGAAACCUGCUCUUCAUAGUGACCCCUCCACAGUGACUGUGCUGGAUCUGAGGAAGCCCAAUAUCUCAGUCUCCACAGAACACACUGAGACACACAUUCGCUGUGAAGCACCACCUGACAUCACUGGAGCUAUUUUCUUCCUGUACUCCAACAGGAGUAGAACACAUACUAAGAGCACCCAGGCUGGAACAGAAGAGCGAGCAGUCAGUUUCACUGUCCCCCGCAGCUCUGACUCCACUCUGACAUACUGCUGUCGUUAUAAGUUUAAGGCCAUCAACUCUAAACGGAGUGACUGUGCUGAAGCUAAGAACAAGGACCAGAGUGGAAGAACAAAAGACCAAAGUAAACUGCCAAAGCCAAAGUUAGAAUUGAGUCCUGCAGUAAUUUCCAUAGAGGAAUCAGUGAAUCUGAGGUGCAGCAGACCAGACUCUUCCCCUGCAUCCCACUGCACUUUUACCACUAAUCAGAGAGGACCAAUCAGUGGCUCAGACUGUGAGCGCUCAGUCACUAGAGCUGAGCUGCUCAGUGGGAGUCACAGCGCAAGGAAUGAGAUCACCAUGAGAUGUUUCUACAGACUGGAGGGAGGACCAGUUCUUCAGAGUGACCCUUCUAAAAUGACUGUGCUGGAUCUGAGGAAGCCCAAUAUCUCAGUCUCCACAGAACACACUGAGACACACAUUCGCUGUGAAGCCCCUCCUGACAUCACUGGAGCUAUUUUCUACCUGUACUACAGAAGGAGUUACACACAUACUAAGAGCACCCAGACUGGAACAGAAGAGCGAGCAGUCAGUUUCACUGACCCCCGCAGCUCUGACUCCACUCUGACAUACUGCUGUAGUUAUCAGGUUGAGACCAUCAUUUCUGAACUGAGUGACUGUGCUGAAGCUAAGAACAAGGACCAGAGUGGAAGAACAAAGGACCAAAGAUACACCACCACAGACAACCCACAGACAGCUGUCACUGGUUCAUCAUCAGAGAAAGAGAAGCCACCCACAUCACCUCCUGUGAUGACUAAGAAAACCUCGACUGCACAUUCUACAACCACUUUUAACACCACAGCAAGUCUCCAAUCCACCUCAGCUGCAAGGUCUGCUGUGACAGCUGCCUCCAGAACAUCUCACCAUUCCAGUGGGAAAGUAACGUCACAACCUCCACAGACCCCUGCUCAGCAGACUGCAGAACCGCCCACAGAACCACGCACAGUACCGACCACUGAACUGCGCAUGGUAUCGACCACAGAACUGCACACGGUAUCGACCACAGCGCCAAAUGUCAUUUUGCCAGUGGGAAUUGGAUCUGUAGUGGGUGUGGCUGUGCUGGGAAUGACAGCUGUCUGUCUAUGCAAGAGAUACAAGAGACAGAAAUCGAAAAGACGAACUGAACACAUAAAUAGCAGUUUGUAUGCAUCAGUGACAAUGGAAAAUAUUUUGAGUGCUAGUAACACAGGUGGCAUAGAUGGGAUCUACACAGAGAUCAAUAAUGUGCCCUCCACUUUUAAAUCACCUCCUGUGCCCAGUCAAAAUGACACCUACUCCCUGAUCACUGCGGUUCCAGCCAGUUCAAAACUGCCCCUCCCUGAUGCAUCAGUGGAAAUGGAAAAUAUAUUGAGUGCUAGUAACACAGGUGGCACAGAUGGGAUCUACACAGAGAUCAAUAAUGUGCCCUCCACUUUUAAAUCACCUCCUGUGCCCAGUCAAAAUGACACCUACUCCCUGAUCCCUGCGGUUCCAGCCAGUUCAAAACUGCCCCUCCCUGGUGAGUUUGCGAAAGAUAAAGACCUAUUCUACGUAACAGUCUGAUGUGUAUAUGCAGUGUAACCAACAGGACGGUAGAUCUCCAGGAACAGGGUCAGUUACCACUGCUGUAGUGGAUAUAAUGCAAUAUUUCAAGGAGUCCCACAGAUCAAUUAUUUCCCAUGGCAUCACUUAAGGAAGGCUUUGGUACAGCCAGCUAUUUCCUGCCUAGUCACCCAAUAGCGAGUCUGCUGAUGGACUGGGCCCCAGCAGAUCGGAUGAAUUGCAAGUGGGGGGUGCAACGCAGCGUGCUGAUCUUCUCAAUCCUGAACUGAUGGCUGGUGUACUAGGGAUUGCCACCGAAGACCAUGAGCAAUGUUGUUUAGCCUUUUAUAUGUUUGUUAUUUCAUAUUUAACAAGCAUUGAGCACUACUGCUCUGAAAGCAGGCGGAGCACACACACAAUGCAAUGAAUAAUAUGUGAAGAUGUUUUAUAAGAUCCUGUGGCUACAGGUGAAAACAAGGCACCAUCCGCAAAUGACGCAGUACACCGCAAAAGUACUGCAGCAGCAAAGCAACGCCUUAAGGCCGUUUAACAUUUUAAUUCAAGCGCACCGGCGAGAGACCUACACUUGCACCCCAUUCAGGUCGGCCACAAUACACAGUUAAUACAGAAGUACUGGGACAGUGACCAUUUUUGCUGUUCUGGCUCUGUGCUGUGCUUUAUUUCAAAUCCAGCACACAGGAUUUGAAAUAAAACAAAUAUGUGUUUAAAGUGCAAACUGUCACCUGUAACGUUGUGUGUAUUCAACAUCUAUGUCGGGUGAUCCGUGCAGGAACUACUUCACACAGAAUUGUACAAGCAGUUUUUCAGACCACAGGCCUUCGUCUAACCAUGUGUGACAGUGAAGCUUUACUUCAACUUCUCUGACGCAGCUCAAGAAGAUGCCCACACCGCCCACCACAGCGCAACCUACACCACCCUGCAGAUGCACUGAGACCACUGCUUUUUCCACAUACACCUGCAGUCUUCUCAGUCUGCAGUGGGUGUUUUUCAUGACCAGAGAGCUAGUCCUAACUAGUGUUGAUCCCACAUGAAAGACAACAGCUGUGUGGUGUAGAACAUGAGAACUACAGAACUUAUGUCCUAUUAAGCUUUCGAUGUUGCCUCAACAAUAAUUUAUUAAAUAACUGUGUGUAGAGUGUACUUGGUGAGAGUUCACUUUCAAGGUUUCAAGUAUCUCCAAAGCAGCUUCUACACCAAUGCUAUGUUUCCUGAAGCUGUAUUUUAAGUGCCUAUUCAGAAUUAUAAACUUAAACCUAUUUUUAUAUCAUGCUGCCAGUUAUUUGAGUGCAGUGGUCUCAGGUUGCAUGCACCACAGGAAAUAUUUCCAACGGCACAUAUCAAAUGUUAAUUAUAUUAAGUUAAGAAAUUAAUGAUACAUAUGGACAACCUUUGUACCAAGGCAUAACAUUUGUAUGAAAGUUGCACUGGAAUGACCUGGCCUUUUUACUCUAGACCACAAGUACCAAAAUGCCCGACACCUGACAGUCAGCUGGUGGCUCAAAUGUCUAAAAUGGCCCUGAUCACAAAAACGGUCCGCUCUAAUAAAAACAUACACUUACACAUACACAAAUAUCAAGUGUGACCUAUCCCUUUAGCGUUGUUUUAUGUAUUUCAAUCACAAGGUGUAUUUGUGCUUCCCUAGUCAUCCAGUGGGUGUAAUGGACAGCUGAAGCACCACAGAGGAGCCGGUUAGCCCGCACUGUUAAAGGAGCUAGUAUCCAACCUUAAACAUCAGAGUAAUCAUUCCAGUGCCUGUACUGUGUAGGUGAUUGUUGUCAAUGUUUCAUAAGAAUGUGUUUAGCUCCAUUUACAAAAGAAUGUUGUCUUUUUCAUACAGCUUGUGCAAGUAGAUACAUUUUAGCAGAAGGAUUUGGUUUGUCCUUGACAUGUUUGAAAUCGCACUUUUACCCUUGUACCUAAAUAAAGCUUUAUUUUCAUCAAAAGGA